GUGUCCCCGUUUUUGUUCACAAACCAUGAGUUCCUCUCUUCCAAUAGUGAAAGUAGAUGAUCGUGAUGAAAGUAUAACUUACUCAUCAACUGGGAUAUGGUGGCUUGGUGGUGUUUCUCAAGAAUAUGACACCACCACUCAUGGUUCAACCCCCAACGGAACAGCGAUGUCGAUAUCUUUCUCUUUUCAAGGCUCUCGUGUUAUGGUUUAUGGCACUAUCCCUCCUGCAACCUUGAACACCAAUCCUUCUAUCUCUUACUACACGCUGGAUAAUAACGCUACGGCAACCUACACUGCGCCCAUUACUCAAUCCACCUUGUAUCAGCAGCUGUUCUAUGACUCGGGUGAUCUGCCUGAAAGCACUCACAGUGUAGUCAUCAGCCCUCUCACCAGCCAGAACAGCAGUCUAUGGUUCGAUUACUAUGCAUAUGUGCCUCUGCCAGUCAGUACGACUACACCAAAUACGGGUCCUUCUACAACAGGGACGAUUUCUAGUUCAGCGCCUUCUGCAAGUUCGACGCCUUCUGCAAGCCCAUCAUCCAACAAUGGAUCUACACACCUUGUACCUAUUCUAGCUGGUACGCUUGGUGGGGUUGUCGGUAUCGCGAUUCUUGCGAUUCUUGGGUUUCUCCUAUAUCGAUGCCAUAGACGUUCUUAUGCCUCGCUAGCAGCAAACUCCUCAUCACCACCACCUCCAGACAAUCGCGUAUUAUCACAUAUGGUCGAACCAUAUCGUGAUGCUCCUAUUAUGCCAGCCUCAUUCAGUAGCACAAUUGGGCACCAGCAUGUCAACUCGAUUCCUUCUUUCAACAGUACGAUGUUUGCCUCUGCGCCCGAUACAUGGCCCUCGGACGCCAACUCUUCCCCACCAGGCAACUUCUCAUCGCCACUACCGCCAGCAAAUCGCGGGUUACCACGCGUCGUCGAACCGUAUCGUAACACUCCUACUCCUUCCUCGUUCACAAGCGCGCUUGGGCAUGGGCAUGGGCUCGUUAGCUCACCUCCUUCUCUCAACAAUACGAUACCUGCCUCUGCGGCUGAUGCACGAUCCUCCAACGUUAAUACACCUGCACCUGUUGCAGACGAAACGCUGUCCCAAGUGCUUUCCGAGUCCCUUUCAUCUCCAUCAUCGCCUCCCAAACUUCCCACGAGGCACGUGCAUGAGGAUGCUGGCCUAAGGCUUGACGGCGGACCUCUCCAAAACAUAGACAUUCCACCAGAGUACCGAGUGUACGAUUAACAGGAUUGUUGAAAGCAGCAAAACGGAUCAACCAUCAGACUACAACGUCACAGCUAAGGAUAUGGCCUAGGUUCUUAAGGAUGGACUUUUUUCUUCUUUUUUUCUUCAUUUGCAGUUUUUUGAUUGGGAUCAAACAGUACGCGGACAAUAAGUUAUUUCAGUCCCUGGAUUGCUUUCCAAAAAGCAGCGUUCAAGCUAUGUUGUGAAAUGGCACAUCCAAAUCUGGGCUACUAGUAUUACACCUGAUACCUUCCCCGCUAAUACUAUCCUCUAGCGGUUCUCUUCUUGACCAUUUUCAUUGAGUACACAUAAUCGAUAAUCGUAGAAGUAUCAUCAAUGUGUGUAUACCAGCGCUGGAAUAUAUCUACGUUUUUAUAUCAAU